AUGACCAUCGUCAACUUAAGCAAUGGCGAUAGCAGCCAGAAGCCGCCGUCCGUCACAACUACAGACGUCCUCAUUAUCGGGACCGGACCAGCUGGUGCUUCUUUAGCAUGCUUUCUAGCAUCAUACGGAAUCCGAGGCAUCAUGGUGAGCUCUUGCCCAACGAACGCGGAUACUCCAAGGGCGCACAUCACCAACAUGGCUGCGAUGGAGUGUCUUCGCGAUAUUGGUCUUGACGCUGAGUGCAACCUUCUUGCAACCAGUGGGAAGAAUAUGAUGCACACGCGGUGGGCGUACAGUAUGGCAGGCGAGGAAUUCGCUCGCAUUCACGCUUGGGGCCACGAUCCGAAGCGCAAGGGUGACUACGAGACUGCUAGCCCUUGUGAUCCCGUCGAUCUGCCCCAAACGCUCCUAGAGCCAAUCCUCGUUCGAUACGCCACUCUUAACGGCUUUACCUGUCGCUUUGACACCACCUUCCUCGAUUUCAUGCAAGAUCAAGACGGCACGACAUCAACACUACGGGACAAUCUUACCGGGGUGAAAUACAAAGUUCGGUCGAAAUAUUUGUUUGGCGCAGAUGGGGCUAGGAGUGAAGUGUUUCGGCAGGCCGAGCUUCCUCUAGACGUUCGACCUGACCAGGGACUCGCUUUUAAUGUUCAUCUGAAGGCAGAUCUCUCGAAUUAUAUGCAGUACCGCACUGGAUGUCUGCACUGGCUUCUCCAGCCGGAUAGAGAGCAUCCGCUUUUUGGGUGGGCAUGUAUCGCGAGAAUGGUCAAGCCAUGGGAUGAAUGGUUGUUCAUUGUUCUUCCGGAACGAGGAAAGGAGUUGGAGUGCAAUCCUACUAACGAAGAGUGGCUCACUCGGAUGAAAGAGUUCAUCGGCGAUGAUUCGAUCCAUACGAAGAUUCUCGGCGUCUCCAAAUGGCGCAUCAACGAUGUUGUGGCAGAAAAAUUCUCUAAUGGCAGAGUCUUUUGCCUCGGUGACGCGGUGCACAGACACCCACCUUCCAACGGGCUGGGCUCGAAUACUUGCAUUCAGGAUGCAUACAAUCUUGCCUGGAAAGUCGCUUAUGUUCUAAAAGGUCAAGCAUCUCCUUCCAUUCUUGAAACUUACUCCACAGAGCGCCAGCCUGUCGGUCGUGGAGUUGUCACCCGUGCGAACCAAUCCUUCCGCCAUCACGGCCCAGUGUGGGAAGCACUUGGGGUUUCAUUGCCUAACACCGAAGACCGUAAACGUGCGCUCGAUGAAUUGACGCACGCAACACCCAAUGGCCGCUCCCGUAGGGCUGCUCUACAGUCUGCCAUCGAAGAAACCGAGCACGAGUACCACGCGCUUGGAACGGAAAUGGGACAGUUAUAUAAAAGCUCCGCAGUGUAUUCAGCAGAUGAAAAGACUUCUUUCUUUACCCCUGAAGUGGUCGCUCACGAUCCAGAUCUUGUUUUGACUCGGAGCACCUAUCCUGGAUGCCGUGUGCCCCAUGUCUGGCUCAACAAUGCUACUCCGGUUCAGCGCAUUUCCAGUAUUGACCUGGCUGGUAGCGGUGCCUAUACAAUUUACACCGGAAUCGGGGGUGAAGCUUGGAAAUGGGCAGCAACUCAAGUUGGGUGUGAACUGGGCAUCAAAAUCAACUGUUAUUCAAUUGGAUUCCGCCAGGACUAUGAAGACGUCUACUUUGAUUGGGCUCGUGUGCGCGGUGUUGAUGAAACCGGAUGUGUCCUUGUUCGUCCAGAUCGUUUUGUUUCCUGGCGUUGCAAUGAAGUGCUUGACGAUGAGGCUCAGUGUGUAGCACAGCUGCGGGGGGUCAUGCUGAGCAUUCUCGGCUACAAAGUUGAGACUCGAUAG